UUCUCCAUCCUCGAGUCCGUAGCUUUCGACACCGGCUAUGCUGGUUCCAGCGGCAUCCAGCCCCAGUCCUGGGUUAACGGCAAUGGCACCUCCUACAUCUACUUCGGCUCUGGCGAGUUCGAUGGACAGGGAUCUGGCCACGACUUCUACGGAACUCUCUACAUGCCCUCCACCGGCUACGUCAACAACUGCGAUGGUGGACGCUCCCACACCUACUGCGAUUACCGCCAGCAGUAAAUCUGUUCCAUACAAUAAACGAAAUUUAUUCUUCC